AUGGGAGAUGAGAAAAAAUCGACAGCGGAUGGCUGGUGUGCGAAUACUGUUAUCUCCGUUUCGUGUAUCGGUUUCGACGGGUCCAAGUCCGUCCAGGCGUGCGCGUCGCCACGGCACCGAUAUCAGAUAUUGGGCCCGUCCAUUAGAGAAAAACAUACCACCUGUAAUGAAGCGCCGCCCGCGUCCGUCAAGAUGCUAUCUGCAAGAAAUAAAGAUAGCGCUUCGCAAACGGCGCGGGGUCAACGACCGGCCGGAAAAAAUGGCGGCAAAAACGCGCGCGUAAAAAGCGACCGAGCGCGCCCGUCGGGGUACACGUCACGGGAUUAUGGAUGUGUCGCCCGCGGCGGCGAGCGUGAGGGCGAACGCGAAUUCGCCGCGAGUGGCGUUCGCUGUUCGCGAGCUAUAGGCUCGGUGGCG